AUGCCGAGACAAUACGUCGUGUUUGGGCGACCCGUCCCGCGAUUCACGGCCCGGCGUCUAACCCUGCUGCUACUGGGCUUGUCGAUAUUUGCCAUCACGUUGAUAUCGACCUUGACCUCUGGCGUCCCAUCAUCACCAAGCCUCUCUGCCUACGACACCAAAAUAUCUGUCCCUCAUGUCCCGCAAAUACCGCACAUCGGCGAUUCGCUAUCGAAGAGCAUGCUCAACCCUUUUCGGCAAAAGUCACACCCACCUCCGCACAACGACAAAGACGAAUACGCUGGCUCUUCGUGGCUGGCUGAUUGGAAGUGGCUCAAGGUUCCCUUCUCCAGUAUCAUAACGGUCGACGAGGGUAGAGCUCUGCUGCCACCAUUGAAACCCCGCCAGCCAGUGUACUGUUACUACGAUGCAACGAUUAAAAAGACGGCCGAAGAAAAGGACGCUGAAAGCUCGUUGCUUCUUACGUGGAGGAGAGCUUGGUGGGCACAAGGGUUCCGACCCAUCAUCAUUAGCGCGUCUGAGGCCAUGAACAACCCUCUCUAUGAUAUCAUCCAGAGACUCAACAUUGACCCAGACUUCAAGGUAGACCUUAUGCGAUGGCUUGCUUGGGACACCAUGGACGGUGGCAUAUUAACCCACUACACGCUGCUGCCUGCAGUUCCUAAGGAGGAUUCGCUCCUCACUUACCUUCGCCGUGGCGAGUAUCCUCAUCUAACCCGUUGGAAGGAUUUGGACGAUGCUCUCUUUACUGGUCAUAAAGACCAAAUCAAGUCGGCGUUACAGGCGGUGACAAACGCGGAUCCUGCAAAGAUCAAGGAGGUUAAAACCAUCAUAUCUGCCGUGCCGGACGAAGUUUUCAAGAUCGACAAGGCCACCAUGCCGUUAGCAGUGUACACUCCUGCUAUCCUGGAGAAGAAGUAUACCAAAGUUGCCGACGCCAUCAAAAAGAAUCGCGCGUCCGGACUCGCUAGUCUCAACAAACUAAUUACCACGCACUUGCAUGUGGCUUGGCAGAACCGAUUUGCCGACGGUAUCGAAGUCAUCAAACCUUUCCCCGACCACACGAGCACCUUGGUCAGCAAUGCUCUGCAACUGGCGAGGGAUUUGGCCUCGUGCUCAGAUAGCCCGAUGCCAUCUACUUGUCCACCAAACCUGCCAAGAUGCACACCAUGCGUUGCUAUGUCGCCCAUGCCGGUCACAACGCCUAAGAAUUUUCACAACACAAGCAAAGUUUUCAGCAUCGGCACCGUUCCUCACCCUUGGACCCUGACGUUGGUCAAAGAUCUGCGCGAAUCGUUCAAUGUUUCUUGGAUCCGUCGAGAAUCUCCACGAGACUCUUGGAUUCAAGCUGUCACGGACUCCCUGCUGGGAGGAGCUGGUGCCACGACUACUCUGCGAUUGGUGCGCCUGAAGGAAGCCGUGGCGGGUGAUUAUGCUACCGCUCACUCUCUGUGGGUUGCAGCAGAAAAGGACAUGCCUUCUGAUAUGAGCUGGUACUUUGGGUUUGCCAUUCCCAAAAAGGGACUGGACAGUGGCCAGGGACAGCCACCUGUCCCUGCGGAUCGACUUCCAGGAAAAAGCAACAAACAGCCUAACAAGAAUGAUGGCCCAGUAGUUUCGCUCCAGGACAAGGCCGCAGAGCAACCGCUGAUUGAUCAAGCAAAAAGAGUCAUCAGCUUGACCAAAUCUACAGACGAAACGAAGCUCCGUGCAUCACUAGAGGCUUGGAACAUGGCUGAUACGGAAAUUUGGAAAUUUGUCCGGGCCUUUCAAUCUCGUCGACACCAAGAACGUGAGCAGUGGGAGAAGACGGAGGCAAAAUACAGCGGUGGUUCUGGAACUGAAAAAGGUCGUAGCGCAUGGUUCCGUUGGCAGGAUCGAAAGGCCGACAGUCCUCUGGCACCAGAUGAAAAGAAAGAAAAGGGUGGAAAGUCAAAGGAUGAAAAGUCUAAAGACAAGUAA